UUGUUAUCGAUCGAGCUCGUUUAGAUGUUUUAUGAAGGCCGUCCGCUUUUGUCGUCUUAAUGGCAUGUAUUCUUCCAGUUGAUAUGAAGGACCACAGUAGUGUUGCCUUCACGCCACCUGCCUUGGGAAUCUCCAAGAUGCGAAAGUCUACAUUUAUACUGGGCUUGCAGUUAGCUACAAUCUCUGUGAACAAUUUUUAUUGCUUUAUUGUAUUGUUUUACGUGCGAUUCACUUAUAAGGAAUAAAUAUUAUGCAAUUAAAAAAAUAUUAGAAUUAUGAAAAUGCCUUUUCGACUACUACAAAAAUGGCCCCGAGCAUUUGGUUUCGAGAUUUACGGGAAAGGGCCUUGUUACGUAAUCUCCGUAGAAAAAGGAAGCUUAGCAUACAAAUCUGGCUUGAUGCCUGGUGAUCAACUGCUGGAAGUGGGUGGCCAGGAUGUCACAACAUUUUCAGCUGAUGAGAUUAAAGUUUUGGCCAAGAGUGUAAGCAAACAACCACCUGAGCUGGAAGUUGUGUCAAGUUUACAGACCGUAAUUAUAAAUCCAGACACAAAAUUGGGGUACGGUUUCAGUGUGAUCAACGAGAAGCCAAUAAGUGUGAAGUCUGUGGAAUUUGGAGGUCUUGCAUAUCAAAGUGGAUUGCGUUCAGGGGAUUUAAUUCUGGAAGCCAAUUGCAAUGCUAAGGCAGUAACUCAAAAUUUGACCACCAUUUUACUACUUAAGUCUGGCUCAUUGACCUUAUUAACUAUACCUGUAUCUCGAACAAGCAACUUGGUGCAAGUCAACAAAAGUUUGUCUGACAUGACAGGAUCCACAAGUGGCCUUUACAAGGCUAAAGACAUACAUCAAAAAUUAGAAAAAGAGUUGGGUGAAGAUUACAAGAAAAAAAUGGCAAUUGUGACAGCACUCAAGCAGUAUGCUGAAGACAGAGAUAUUACUAUACUGGGUAAAGCCCUUAACAGUGUUCUGAAGUCAACGGAGUCAAGAAAUAUUAUUAAUACAAUAAGAUUAUUGAUACCACCAACAGACAGGGCUAUUUUUGACAAAAUAACAAACUCUUUUGGAAUGGAAAAGCUACAGGUGGCCAAUAGGACCUCAAGUGUGUCUUCGCAUUCUAGCAUUUCAAAAAACUUGCAUGAGAAAAAAUAUGUUCCCUGGCUUGUCCAGUUGGUUAAACAGCAAGGUAGUUUUGGUUUUGUCAUCAAGUCCAGUCACCCAGCGUACAUUGAAUCUGUUGAUAAAGGCGGAUCAGCAGAGCUUGUGGGACUAAGGGCUGGAGAUUUCAUUAUCAAGUUAAACAACAUUGAUGUCAGUAAAUGUGAACAUGAAAGAUUAAUUCAGUUGUUACAGGAAAGUGGUUCUGCUCCAACCAUAGAAAUUUGGAGAAAUAUUGAUUAUCAACAAGAUGAUAGCAUCAAGUCAGCUUCUUCUCUGCCAUCCUUGUCUUCCAGCAGCCAUGAUUCUGAGGAAAGCCUAAUCCUGGAUGAUACAAGAACAGACACUGAAGGACAAACAUUUAGUGAAAAGGCCAAUUAUUUGUUAACUCCACAAGAGAGAUAUUUAAUGAAAAAAGCUUUAAAGAAUUAUAGAACCACAAAGAACAUUGCUCAACUGUAUGAGUCUCUGUCUAUUCUCUUGGAAACACCUUGUAAAAAGUUGCUGUGGUACUUUGUACUGAGAGACCUCCCAGCAUUGCACCAGGAAUUUAUUUUACAUAGAGUUGAAGCUUUGCAGUCAUACUCACUAGACCAAGUGCCAGAACAAACUCAGCCAGCCUUUGAAAUGCCAAGUCUGCCAUUAUCAGCAGAGCAACAAAUAGACUUCCUCUUAACAUUUACUGAACGCCAUCAGUUUAGACAAUGUUUACGUGACUAUGAGACUACCAAGGAGAUAAAUCCUCUCCUUGAGACUUUAGACUCUAUGCUGGAUUCUCCAUCAAAAAAAAUUCUGUGGCAUGUUGUGGCUCCAUUACUAAUGAAGCAUCAUGUGGAUAUAGUUCAUACAAAAAUAAGAGGUCAACAGACAAAUUUUGCAGAAAUGGAUGCAUCACCAGAUUUUGAAAUAUCUUCAGAAGAAGAAGAAGAAAUGGAAAGCUCAUCAAGCUGGGGUACAAAUAACUCAAAGAUCUAUACAACCUCCAGAUCAGACUUGGGCUCUCAAUAUGAUAUGAAACUGAUGCAAGAACUUGGAGAAACAAAGAAAGCUGUGCAGGAAAUAAGAGACGCUCUUGUCAAGCAAAAUAUAGAGAGUCAAAAUACUGAGCUCAUGAAAUUUGAUGACCAUAAAGAAAUUAAUGGGAAAAACUAUGUGACUAUAAUACCAGUUGGCCUGACAGAUCAGGAGCUAGAGAUGUUCUCAAAAAUGAAUUCUAUUCCGUUGUCUGGGUCAAGAAAGAGCUUAAAUAUAACCAAGAAAAACACAGAUACAUAUGUAGCUAACAAUGGCUCUACAGUUGGAAUUCUUGCUGACAGUCACAUCAACUAUUCUUCAGACAGCGGCAGUGAUGAUGAAGAGGACUCCUCAUCACUGAAAGAUAAAAGUCCAAUGCUUAGUUUGAAUGUUGAGCUAGACAAUGUAGUUGACUCAGUUCACACAGAGACUAAGCCAAUGAAGAAAUUGGACUUUGGGUUGAAAUCUGUCCGGCUUGGUAACCAGGGCUGGAAAAAUAAAGAGAGUAGAAAUAUACAGCAUAUCAAUAUCUCCCAACCAGAAGACUCUGUGCACUCUUCAGUCAAAGAAAGUAAUUUAGCUCAGCAUACAAACCUGUCAACUGCUAUGCAAACACUAGACAUAGAGAGUAAUACAGAACCAAGUUUACCUCCCCCUGCACCAUUGCCACCUCCAUCAGUAACCCCAGACAAACAGAAAGGCCUAGAAGAAAGUAACAACAAAAUGAGUGUCAAACGAAUCAACUGGGAAAAGCUGGAUAACAAAAGUGUCCACAAUACAAUUUGGGAAAAGCUUAAUGAGCAAGAUUUAGCUGGGGUUAUAAAUUAUCUGGAACUAGAAACACAGUUUAGUACCAAACCUUCACUGCGAAAGGAUAAAGCAAAGAAAAAUGAAGUGCUGAUUAUGGAUGCUAAAAAAGCAUACAAUAUUUCUAUUUUACUUGGUCAUCUAAAAAUGCCUGUGACUGAUAUUAAAAAAGCUUUGUACAGUGCUGAUGAAAAGAUUUUAUCGCCAGGACUUCUGGAUCAAUUGUUGAGCUUUGUACCCAGUCAAAAUGAAAUUACAAAAUAUAAACUGUACACAGGGAAUGAAUCUCUCCUAACAAAGCCUGACCAAUUCAUUUAUCAGAUGAGCUUAGUUGGCAACUAUGAAGAAAGACUCAAAAGUUUAUUGUUUAAAGCUAAUUUUAGAGAACACUGUAGUGAGCUGAAACAGAAUCUUGAAAACAUCAUGAAUGCAUCAAUUCAGCUCAGAACAAGUGAAAAGCUGACUCGUUUAUUUGAGAUUAUUCUAGCAAUGGGAAAUUACAUGAACAAGGGAAAUAACCGAAUAGGAGAAGCAGCAGGUUUUAGAAUAACUUUCCUGAGACAGAUGGAUACAACUAAAACUUCAGACAACAAGUCAUCAUUUCUACAUGUCUUAGCUGAUGCAGUGUACAAUAAAUUUCCAGAGGUUCUCUCUCUUGGUGAAGAACUCUCCUCAGUUCAAAAAGCAGCUAAAGUGUCCCAUGAUGCAUUAGUGCAAGAUAUCCAGUACCUGCACAACUCUUUACAGGAAACAGAAACAUUCCUAUCCAGUAUAAGUCAACAGAUCUCAGAACCUGAAGACUGUAUUAAAGAUGUGUUAAAUCAAUUUUUGUCAGAUGCGACUCAGGAAAUCAAAUUAAUAGAAGCACUCCAUGAAACAGCCAUGGCAGAGUUUUCCACCACUGUUGCUUUUUUUGGAGAAGAUCCUAACGUAAUGAGCUCAGAGGAUCUUUUUGAAAUCUUUUCUCAUUUUAUUCACAGUUUUGAGAAAGCUCACAGUCACAAUUUGAUGUUUAAAAGAAGGUUAACUAUUUAAAACAAUUCCUAUAUGUCAGGAGCUGAAAUUUACUUAUGUUGAAUGGUAACUUUCAGAUUUAGCAAACAUUUUUAUAGUGGCAAACAAAAUAUCCCACUUAAGUUUAAAAAUAAAACAAUUUCUGCUAUAGUUAUAUA